AUGCCGCCCCAGCGAAGAAGAGCCGGAGAUAAUGACAGUGCCAGGACCACGGCUUUUGGGAGGGCAUACCCUAAUCUGCAGAGAGCCUUGCUGUUGUCAAUUGAAGUCGGCCCGUUUCUUCUCAUCGCCACCAUUUUGACAAGCGCCGGUAUCUGGAAGCGCCCAAAGUGGCAGAGAGCAAUGCUAUGGCGAGCGGCCGUGUGGAGUUUUCUGUCAAGAUGGAUUCUGGUUGGAUGUGCUAUCACCUGGACCUGGAAUGACUGGGGCCCAGAGGAACAACGUCAACAGCCAGAUGAUUUCCAACAGGAGCAACGCCAGGACGAAGGACAUGGGGAUCAGCCACGGCAAGAGCAACCUCCAAACCAGAACGGCGAUUAA